CUCUUGGGUUCUAAGUUUCAAGCGCUGUCCUCUCGGAGAAGAAGAAGGAAAAAUACAAUCUCAAGCAGCAGAAGAAGAAGAAGAAGAAGAAGCUCAAGCUCUUAAAGAGAGAAAGAAGAAUGAGGGCUGGUUUAGAUUUACCUCCCGGCUUCAGAUUCCAUCCAACGGACGAGGAGCUUGUGAUGCACUACCUCUGCCGUAAAUGUGCGGCGCAGUCGAUCUCCGUUCCAAUCAUCGCAGAGGUUGAUCUUUACAAAUUCGAUCCAUGGCAGCUCCCUGGCAUGGCGCUUUACGGUGAGAAAGAGUGGUACUUCUUCUCUCCAAGGGACCGGAAGUACCCAAAUGGUUCACGGCCGAACCGGGCUGCUGGGACCGGUUACUGGAAAGCGACCGGAGCUGAUAAGCCGAUUGGACACCCGAAAGCGAUCGGAAUCAAGAAGGCGUUGGUGUUCUAUACUGGGAAGGCACCUAAGGGAGAGAAAACCAACUGGAUCAUGCACGAGUAUCGCCUCGCCGACGUCGAUAGGUCGGCUCGUAAGAAGAACAGCUUGAGGCUUGAUGAUUGGGUGCUAUGCCGGAUCUACAAUAAGAAGGGCUCCAUGGCGAAGCAAAACAACGCCGACCAGAAACCGGCGCCGUCGACGACGAAUUGCUCGUCCGAAAUCAUCGACCAGAAGCCAGGACCCCGGAAAAUGCUAGCAUCACCACUAUCGGUGGCGCCGUCGUUGAUUGAUGAGUUUCCAUACAUGGACACGUCGGAUUCGAUUCCGAGGUUACACACGGAUUCAAGCUGUUCGGAGCAUGUGCCGUCACCGGAGUUUACGUGCGAAAGGGAGGUUCAGAGCGAGCCUAAAUGGAAGGAAUGGGAUAAUACCCUCGAAGUUCCAUUUAAUAACAUGGAUGCCAUUGAUAACCCCUACGCUCCUUUCCACAACAAUAGCAGUAAUAACUUGCUCAAUCCUUUGCAAGACAUGUUCAUGUACCUGCAGAAGCCCUUCUAAGGUGCCACGUGGCCAGAAACGGAUCAGAGUAAAAAUUUGCUUGCGUGGCACACGAGACUAAAGUCUGUGAGUGUGCACGUGCGAUUGUGGCACACGAGUUGUAGGAAGGGGUUUUGCUAACAUGCAUUUGGGAUCCUUAAAAAAAAAAAAAAAAAAAAAAAACAAUGCAUUUGGGAUCAUGUGAUGGAUAAUGGAUCGCCGUGACAUUGGAUGGUGCAUGUUAGAUUUACCCGGUGAUAUUAUAGAUAAGAACUGUUCACCUCAAGAAAAGAGAACAUAGAUAAGAAUUGUAACUACAUGUAUAUGUAUCAUGUAUGUAUGUAUGCAUGUAUACUUCAUUAUUAUGGGGGACACAUGUUGGGUCCCUCUCUAUUCUUGUAGUUGUAGCUGAUUUUUUCGAUCGUGGUGGAGGAUGCGAAAGGUAUGAAACAAGGUAAGAUUGGAUCGUCUACGUCUCACGUGGAUUAGUUAGGCAUUCAAGCUGAUCACAACAGUUGGAUAGGAAUAAGAGUGUCAUAUAUGUAAAUUCGACUAAUUACAGACGGCAGUGAUGAGUUAUGAACGUGGACGCAUAUAAGGCACCAUUUUCCUAUGGCA